UUUACGUUCCUACCUAUUAUUUAUUAUUGUAAAAUUAACAUUCAACGUCUUGACAGUUGUCUUUGAACACUGGCAGCUGCCUUGAGAGUUGAGAGAUUAGUGCCUACUCGCUAGUCAGGUAGUCGCUACUAGUUUCAGUUCGUCGCGGUCUGCAAAUUACCCGCAGAGCAACACGAUUUGAUUUUUACAAUAUGGAAAAAAAAUGAAACGAAAUCCAGCCUGGAAUAUAUUUUUUUCAAUAAUGACUUUUAGUAAUUUAUUACAGUAAACUAAUUUGUGAUCGUAUUACUUUUCUAAAAUUAGUUUUAAUUUUUUCACCUUAGUCAAUAAAAUUUUUGUUUUCCACAAUUUAUUAUUAAAAUAUUGCAUUAUUUAAUUUUAAUUUUUACUUUAAAACUUACCGACUUUCACUUCAAACUUUACAUUUCCAAGUAAUACCCGUAAGACUGUUUGUGUUAGAAAAUGUGGUCAAAAAUUUACCGAGCAUCGGUAAACCACGGACUAGUCCGAGGCAUGGCAAUUUACUCGGUCACCUGGCCGGCUAGCAGUAUAAUACAACAGACAUUGGACCCAUCAUGGAACAAAGAAAUUGAUUUCAAACGAGCAGCUAAAUUUGGCCUGUACGGUACAUUAUUCGUAGUACCGACUUUGUAUGGUUGGAUGAGAUUUGCUGGUUUUAUAUGGCCUUCACAAACAAUUACCGGCAACAUAACAAAGGCAGUCGUUGAGCAGUUUACCUAUGGGCCGUUCGCUACGGCAAGCUUUUUUUUCUUUAUGACUUUACUCGACGGGGGAUCUGUCGAAGACGCCAAAUUGGAAGUUCAAAAGAAGUUCUUUCCAACAUGGAAGGUUGCUGUUACCGUGUGGCCACUUCUGCAAUCUAUAAACUAUUGUGUCGUUCCUCCCAAAAACCGUUUGAUUUUCGUCAGUUUUGCUAGCCUGGCGUGGACUGUGUUUUUAGCCUAUAUUAAAUACGAAACAAGUAAAACACUGCCCGUAGCUGAUAAAAUCGAACAAUGAAUACUUGGAAUUAAUAACUUAAUUAAGUGUAACGAUAAUUGUUGUUUGAACACGUGAUAACUCAAUUUUUAGAGUGCUUACCAUGUUUUGUUUUAUUGUUAUUAGUUUUUUAACCGUUUUUAACUAUUAGUAUAACAGUAUUGAAUUGUUAUAUAUUUUUUUUUUUUUAUAAUAUAUGAGAUUAUUGAUUAAUUGUUUUUGAAAAUUGCUCUUAUAAUUAAUUAAGAGCACCCAAAAAGCAGUUGGUUUAAAACUAGCUUAUAUAUUAUAAUGUAAUAGAAUAAAUUUAUUUAUCUUUUAUUUAUCGCUAGUCACAAAAGUCGCCUCUUUAUUAAAAUAAUUAGUU